GCCAAUCGUGGAUGCCUUCUCCGGCCGCAUCUAUAUAAUGGCCCUCCCCCAGGGUCCAUCACUCUCUUUAUUCCUCAUCCACUUCUCUCAUCUGCUCACAUCUUCCAAGUCAAGAUCAAGGACCACCUUAUCCAACACCGUCACAUCUACAGUCUACCUGUCUAGUCCUCGUGACCACACCUCAGUCACGCUGUCGCCGUCCAAGUCAUCCCGUUUCUGGCCCCCAUUCUAUUACUCCGUCCGGGAGUCACUUCGACUCGAAAGACCUCCUCCUCGCACCCGACCUCCCCUUCGUCGCUCUACAACCAUGCCUCACCCCGUUGAGCAGCCCGCCGAGCCUGUCGUGCUCGUGCGCGACCUCGAGGCCGAUGAGCAACUCGUCAUCAGCCAAUUUGAGCGUCACGCCAGUCACUGCUCCCAGUGCGCAGAUCCGAUGACCGUGCUCGAGGAAAAGCUGCUGCUCUGCAAGCGCGGCAACCAGUAUGCCCGCGACGUCGUCGACUACCUCCGCAGCAAGAACGGCAAGAUUUACUCGGUCGUCGACCUCGAACACAACCGGACCACUCUAGUCAAGGUGCCUCUGAAGAACGCAGCUGCCCGGCAACUCCUCCUGGCCAUUGAACAAGGCUUGUGCGUCCUGCCAAAGACCUCGUCAGUCACGCCUCCACCGGUGAUCAGCUACGACCCAGCUCCUCCCCGCAGGGCUUCUACCCAGGAAAACAUGGCCUGCACCACAAUUAUCGAGCGAGAGCCUCGGUCCCUGAAGCGUCGCCGGGUCAUCGUCUACACUUCACCGCGGAGCUCUCCUAGUCGGGGAUCACUCUACGAGGCGGAUGCAGCUGAUCGAAUUGAACGGGUCAAUCGGACCUCACGCAUCUACCGGCCGAGCGAAUACUACCGCUGAGGAACCACUUCAUCAUGCUUUCAGUCUUCCACCGAUCAUGGAUACUUCUGCGUUGCAGCCAAGUCACCGUUAUCCCCCACCCACGUCGCAGGCCGGCUAGACCGCCGCGACCGGCACGAGCCCUCCAUAGCGUGCAGCUAUGGUCUCGGAUAUUUUUAUUCCGUCUGAGAUUGGCCAGGAACUGGUUCCUUCCUCUGUUCUGUUGUCCCACUCUUCAUGUUGGCUUGCAUAGUGUUGACGAGGAACGAACAAACCCACAAAAACAGGAUGUGCAGAGCUAGCUCUGACUCAUUUGCCCGUGGUCUGCAGCUCACCUGCAUGCAGCCCGACCGUCGAUCCACCGGAUCCUCAUUCCCCUCAUUUGCUGACUCGGGGCUCGAACGAGCUACCCAUUUCUUUUGUCUUUGUGAUUGGUGAUUACGCGUCCAAUAGAUGUUGUUGUAUUUAAUACUACAAUGAUUUGACAAUUCUAUA